AUGCUGCUCGAAUUACUCAGGUCGAGCUCGGAUCUGCCUUUGGGAGAGAAGGUGGGCACGUCCUGGCCCAUGCUAGGGAGUAGCAUAGAGCCUUCAGCUCCCAUCCCUGAACAUGACCAGUCCAAUAUACUGCCACCAACUACAGAAACUGGGACAGACAAGCGGCCUCUCGUUCUCGAAGCAAGGGGCAACCAUAUACGCCUGGCAGAUGGACGCGACAUACUAGAUGCUUGCGGUGGUGCGGCCGUCGCGUGCAUAGGGCAUGGCGUCGAGGAGGUUGUCGACGCUAUGGUGGCCCAGGCUGCGAAGGUUUCAUAUGUUGCUUGGGGAUUCUUCGACAACCCAAGCCGAAGAGAGCUCUCUAGGUGGUUGUCGCAAAGCUCAGGGGGCCACUUCACGAAGUCAUAUGUCACUUGUUCCGGUUCCGAGGCCAUAGAAGGUGCCAUGAAGCUAGCGCACGAGUACUUCGUCUGGAAGGGAGAACCACAACGCAUAAACUACAUUUCGCGGGCCGAGUCCUACCAUGGCAUCACACUGGCCGCAUUAUCCCUAGGCGGACACCUUAUCCGGAGGGCUCCCUUCGAGCCGCUCCUGGUCACCAACGUCCACCGCAUACCAGCAUGCAACUCUUACCGCCAGCGGCUGCCAGGGGAGAUCGAUGAAGACUUCGUCUUGCGCAAAGCCGCCGAGUUGGAUAAGGCUUUCAUUGAAAUUGGCCCUGAUACAGUCGCGGCUUUCGUCGCAGAGCCUGUGGUCGGCGCCGCCUCGGGCUGUAUCCCAUCUGUCCCAGGAUAUUUCAAGGCCAUUAAAGCGGUCUGCGACAAACACGGUGCCCUACUCGUGCUCGACGAAGUCAUGUGUGGCAUGGGCCGAACAGGCACGCUCCACGCCUGGGAACAAGAGGGCGUCCUCCCGGACAUCCAAGCCGUUGGCAAGGGGCUCGCCGGCGGCUACCAGCCUGUGUCUGCCAUUCUCGUCAGCAAGAAGAUCGUCGACAUGAUGGAGUCGAAGCAAGCGAGUUUCACCCACGGCCACACCUACCAAGACCACCCCGUCGGCUGCGCCGCCGCCAUGAAGGUACAGCAGAUCAUCCAGAGCAACGACCUCCUCGCCAACGUCCGUACUCAAGGGCAGUACUUGGAGCAUCUCCUCAGGAGCAAGCUGCGAUCCCAUCCCAACGUCGGCGAUAUUCGCGGUCGUGGACUGUUCUGGGGCACCGAGUUUGUGAGGGACAAGGAGACGAAGAAGCCGUUCGACCCCAAACUCCAGAUUUCCCAUCGUCUGCACGAGAGGGCGCUCAGGCCGCCGUAUAACAUGGCGCUGUACUAUGGUCAGGGGUGUGCUGGACAGAGCAGAGGUGACCACGUCAUGAUCAUGCCUGCGUACAAUGUCACUCGGGACGUCAUCGAGACGAUCGUGGAUAAGUUCACCGCGGUUGUUCAUGAAGUCUUCGAUGGGUUGGCGACGCAGGGCCUCAGCUGA